GUAAGAUUCGCAUAGAUUCGAAUUAUUCUGUACUGCAGUCCCUACGCGGCCGGUGGUAUCUGCCAUGACAUACUCGUCCGACUCCCCGACUGGCUCAUUGUGGGGCGCAGCACUCCAAGUCUCCCACGAGCUCCCCACCAGGAAACCUACGCCUUGACAGAAACGGAUCAGGAAAUAAGCACAACCAUGUUCCGCAAACUGACACGUAAGCUCGGCUCCAAAAGCAGCCAAAGCAGCGGAGGAGUCUCUGGCGACGGCGGUAACGUCGUCAUCGUCGAGCGAAACCAUGGUCAAAAACAAGCAACAGGCGCAGCACCCCCAGCGUACUCCGCCUACUCCGGCGGCGGCGGCCAAAGCGUCCAACAACCUGCUCUACCGGAUGAUUUCGAACCCGACUCGAUCUCACAAACCGCACCGCUGAGCCCUCACCGUCACAAGGGAAUGCAAGAUACCCACAACCCCGAAGCGGGUGCCACCACCAACGGCGAAGAAGACCCCUACACCUUUCUCCGAACCUUCGACACGGCCUUCCUCAUCGACGACUCCGGCUCCAUGGCCGGCUCCCGCUGGCGCCAAACCGCCCUCGCCCUCCAACAAGUCGUCACAAAAGUCGUCCACUACGACGACGACGGUAUCGACAUCUACUUUCUCAACUCGCGCGAGGUGGCGAGGGGUGUGAGAAGUGUCCGCGAGGUCGAGGGGGUGUUUGGGAGGGUUAGACCGGGUGGGGCGACGCCGACGGGGUUGAGGUUAGAUCAGAUUUUGAGGGGGUAUGUUAGGAGGGUUGAGGAGAGUGGGGGGGAUUGUAAACCGCUUAACUUGAUUGUGAUUACGGAUGGUGUCCCUACUGACGACCCGCUCUCGACACUGCUCGCGCUCGCGGCACAGUUGGAUAGGAUUGGUGCGCCGUUGAGUCAACUCGGGAUUCAGUUUUUGCAGAUUGGGAAUGAUGAGGGGGCACGGGAGGCGUUGGAGGAGUUGGAUGAUGGGAUGGCGGGAAGGGGGGUCAGGGAUAUGGUUGAUAUGACGCCGUGUCCCAGGGAGGGAUUGACUGGGGAGGGGGUGUUGAAGUGUUUGAUGGGCGGUGUGAAUCGGAGGAUUGAUAAGAUCAGGAAUGCUUGAGCAACUGCUUGCGAUGAACCUACGGAGGGAGAUUGAUGUAAUACCGGUAUAUGGAUAGGCAAGGCUAUAGACACUGAAAUCCACCAUAUAUACCCGUCU